AUGAGUACCGACCCCCAGGUUGUUGUCGACGAGGAGCAACCAAAACCUUGGUAUGCUGCCUACCCCGCUCAGAGAAAUUCUGCCUCGUGGAUCACGAAACAAACAUUGCUUUCGUGGAUGGAAAAGGGAAAAAUCGCCGGAAAAGACUUCAUCCUAGUUGACCUACGCCGAACUGACUUCGAGGGAGGAACCAUUCAUGGAUCGAUUAAUUUGCCUGCUCAAUCUCUGUAUCCCACUAUUCCUGCUUUGUAUACCCUGCUCUCAAACGCAGGAAUUGCCAGUGUGAUCUGGUUUUGUGGGUCAUCAAGGGGGCGUGGAUCGCGAGCUGCUGGUUGGUUCUCUGAUUAUGUUCAGGACCAGAACGACACCAAAAUGAAAAGUUACGCUCUGGAGGGAGGAAUCAAGGGCUGGGCCACUGCUGGCGAGGCAUUUGUCAAGAUGAUGGAUGAAUAUGAUGCUUCCGCAUGGACCUCAGAAGAAAAGUAGUUUGAAUUGGCUUAUGCGACGAAAGGGAUUGGUG